AUGUUUGCCUUCUUCCAGCAGCUGGGCAACUCUCCCUUCGCAAGAGACUCGUUAAAGAUGCUUGGUGUGACGGCCACUGGUGGCAAGGGUGUGACGGCCACUGCUGGCCAGGGUGUGACGGCCACUGCUGGCCAGGGUGUGACGGCCACUGGUGGCAAGGGUGUGACGCCCACUGCUGGCAAGGGUGUGACGCCCACUGCUGGCCAGGGUGUGACGCCCACUGCUGGCCAGGGUGUGACGUCCACUGGUGGCAAGGGUGUGACGUCCACUGGUGGCAAGGGUGUGACGUCCACUGGUGGCCAGGGUGUGACGUCCACUGGUGGCAAGGGUGUGACGUCCACUGGUGGCCAGGGUGUGACGUCCACUGGUGGCAAGGGUGUGACGCCCACUGGUGGCAAGGGUGUGACGGCCACUGGUGGCAAGGGUGUGACGGCCACUGGUGGCAAGGGUGUGACGGCCACUGCUGGCCAGGGUGUGACGGCCACUGGUGGCAAGGGUGUGACGCCCACUGGUGGCAAGGGUGUGACGUCCACUGCUGGCCAGGGUGUGACGUCCACUGGUGGCAAGGGUGUGACGUCCACUGGUGGCAAGGGUGUGACGCCCACUACUGGCCAGGGUGUGACGCCCACUGCUGGCAAGGGUGUGACGCCCACUGCUGGCCAGGGUGUGACGGCCACUGGUGGCAAGGGUGUGACGGCCACUGGUGGCAAGGGUGUGACGGCCACUGGUGGCAAGGGUGUGACGCCCACUGCUGGCAAGGGUGUGACGCCCACUGCUGGCCAGGGUGUGACGCCCACUGCUGGCCAGGGUGUGACGGCCACUGGUGGCAAGGGUGGGACGCCCACUGCUGGCCAGGGUGUGACGGCCACUGCUGGCCAGGGUGUGACGGCCACUGCUGGCCAGGGUGUGACGCCCACUGCUGGCCAGGGUGUGACGGCCACUGCUGGCCAGGGUGUGACGCCCACUGCUGGCCAGGGUGUGACGGCCACUGCUGGCCAGGGUGUGACGCCCACUGCUGGCAAGGGUGUGACGCCUCUGGACUCUCAGUAA